AUGCCUUGGUAUAUAAAGUUUGGCUUUGAGAACCUUUUGUCAAUCUCGGGUGUGAAUCUGGAGGUGCUGGAUCUUUACGAUAACAAUUUGGUGAAUGAUGCCCUCACAGACAUUACGAGGAUAACAUCUCUUAAGGCCUUAGAAAUCGGUGGUUGUGGACUGAAUGCUUCAAAGUUAUUGGAAGGCUUGUGCAGAUUGAGGAACCUCGAAGAGUUGGAUAUUAAAAAUAAUGGAUUUUGGGGUCCUUUUCCUUCCUGCUUCCACAAUCUGACCUCACUCCGGGUACUUGAUGUGUCAUAUAACAAUUUUAGCGGGGCCAUUCCUUCAUCUCUCCUCCAUAAUCUCGAGUCACUUGAAUAUAUUGUCUUCUCUGGAAAUGCCUUUGAAGGCUCACUUUCGCUUGCUUCCUUGGCCAAUACUUCUAACCUUGAGGUAUUCCGCCUCAUCGGCAACCGUAAUCGUCUGGAAGUAAAUACGGAAGAACUCGCUUGGUUCUCUUCAUCUCAACUGAAGGUGUUUGGUUUAUCCAAUUGUGUGCUCAACAAAGACGCAAAUGGCGUCAUUCCCAGCUUCUUAAAACAACGGUGUGACUUGAGGCGUGUUCGGCUCAGCCAUAGUGGAAUGAGAGGAAAUUUCCCAAAUUGGCUAUUGGACAACAAUGUCAAUCUAGAGCACCUCCAACUCCAAGGCAACAAUUUGUCAGGUGCUCUUAAUUUGCCUUCCAAUUUGAAUCUUGACAACAUGUGGUGGUUCGAUGUGUCUGCUAAUAUCAUUGAAGGAGAGCUUCCAUCCUGGAUUGGUUAUAUCCUCCCGAAUUUGGUCUAUUUGAAUUUCUCAACAAACUUACUGGAAGGUAGAAUCCCUUCCUCCAUGGGCAAUAUGAAACGUUUGUAUAUGUUGGACUUGUCGUAUAAUGGCUUUGCGGGAGAGAUACCAGAGCCACUAGCCGAAAAUAGUACGUCACUUCGUCUGUUGAAACUGUCACGCAACAACUUGCAAGGCCAACUACCACUGAGGUUGUUUAACUUGUUACGGUUGACAUAUUUGUAUUUGGAUAGCAAUCGUUUCACAUGGGACAUAUCGCUUGGCAAAUUAAAUGGCUCCUCGUUGCGAGUUUUGGAUGUAAGUAACAAUUCCCUAUCUGGAACACUUCCUAAUUGGAUUGGAGAUAUUGGAUGCUUGGAAAUGCUUAUGCUAUCGAGUAAUUUAUUGGAAGGCCCUUUGCCAUUGAGCUUCUGCAACUUGCAUCAACUCGAUCUUUUAGACCUUUCAAGUAACAACCUUGGGCCGAAUAUUCCCCCAUGUGCCAAUGUUACAAUUAUGAGGUUUUUGCAUUUAGCAAAUUAUACACUUGAAGGGUAUUUCCCUAAGUUUCUCUCCAGAGCUUCAUCGAUUGUCACAUUGGAUCUUAGACACAAUGCAUUGUCGGGUGAGGUCCCCAGUUGGAUCGGUUCGCUUUGGAACUUGAAGGUUCUUCUACUACAAGGAAACAACUUUGAAGGUUCAAUCCCUCCGAAUCUAUGUUUGUUGAGAAACAUGAGCAUAUUGGAUCUCUCUCAAAAUAAUCUUUCUGGACAAAUUCCUUCAUGUUUGGAAGAUUUGACAUUUGGAGAGGAUGGGGCAUCUAAGAAUGCAUUUGCUACCGUGAGAAGUUUUCCCUGGAUAUUUCCAUCUCACCAAUAUGAGGGUAGAUUCAAUUCUUUUCAUUGGCGUAAUGACCAAUACGAACGAUUCUACACAAAAGGCGAGAAAAUUCGGAGUAUUUUUUAA